UGUCCUUUCAAUAGGAAUGUCCAAAAUGCCAUAUCACUAUCGAGAAGGAUGGAGGCUGCAACCACAUGGUCUGUCAGAACCAGAACUGCAAAGCAGAGUUCUGCUGGGUGUGUCUGGGCCCCUGGGAGCCGCAUGGAUCUGCCUGGUACAACUGUAAUUGCUACAAUGAGGAUGAUGCAAGGGAUGUACAGGAGCGAUCCAGAGCAGCCCUGCAGAGGUACCUGUUCUACUGCAACCGUUACAUGAACCACAUGCAGAGCCUGCGCUUUGAGCACAAGCUCUACUCUCAGGUGAAGCAGAAAAUGGAGGAGAUGCAGCAGCACAACAUGUCGUGGAUCAAGGUGCAGUUCCUGAAGAAAGCAGUCGACGUCCUCUGCCAGUGUCGUGCCACACUCAUGUACACUUACGUCUUUGCCUUUUACCUCAAAAAGAAUAAUCAGUCCAUUAUCUUUGAGAAUAACCAAGCAGACUUAGAGAAUGCCACAGAGGUGGCAUCUGGGUACCUAGAGCGAGAUAUAUCCCAAGAUUCACUGCAAGACAUAAAGCAGAAAGUACAGGAUAAGUACAGAUACUGCGAGAGCCGACGAAGGGUUUUGUUGCAGCACGUGCAUGAAGGCUACAAGAAGGACCUGUGGGAGUACAUUGAGGACUGAGGGUGGCCCCGCAUAAAAUGAACUCUUGAAACCUUUCCCAUCUCUAGAGUGCUCAUGUGACCCCUGUAAAACACACACACACACACACGAGGCACUGCACCUGUUACACCACUGGUCUGUAGUACCGGGCUUCUGUUUUCUUAACAGAAAAUUUAAAUAAAUUAUAUUGUAAUAAUUAAAAAAAAAAAGGUAGAUAAACUAUUGUACAACAGUAUUCUAGGCAGUCAAUAAGAGUGGGACAGAUGCACUAAAAAAACCAAACAAAACCCUCCAACUUUAACUUGUAACGUAGCUUCAUUCUCCAAGCCGACUCCUUUUUCUUUUCUGUCUUUCUUUUUCCUGUGUGUAGUACAGAUGAAAAUUUAAACCAGUUUCUUUAUACUGCUUUUCAUGCCUAAAACAGCCAUUUUGUUGUACUUUGGUAAAGGGGAGGUUCUCCUGUCCCCCGCCCCUCCCUCCUCUCUGCCACUCAAGUACAUGGUGAAUGUUGCUUGGCUUGCUGUGAAGAUGGUUCCUGGGGAGGGGAGGUGGGGGGGUACACAGCAAGG